AUGAUGAUGAACAAGAGACGGCAAAAAGGUCAACAAAUUCAAAGCCGUCUGGAAAAAUUCAUGCAAGAUGAUAGUGAGUAUGACCAAGGAAUUCCAAGGAGCAAUUCCAUUGGUAGAGUUUCCGACUGUGUCUCCAAUCUGAAUGAUACAUUACCAAACUCAGAGGAGGGUGGUGUUGUAAGGCUAAAAAGCAAGUGGAUAAACGUCAUUGACAAAUGUUCCUCUAUGCAGAAUUUACGUGAAGCUAUUGCUAUCUACCGCAAUAGUAUUUUGCGCCAACCUGAUGAGAUGAAGAGAGAGGCUGCACUUUCGUUUUUUGUGGAGUACCUAGAAAGAUAUUACUUCCUUAUAUGUUUUGCUGUAUAUCUCCAUACACAACGAGAUGCACUAUUUUCUAGGUCCUCUGCUCACUGCAGCUUUAGCGAUUGGAUGAAAGCACGACCAGAGUUGUAUAGUAUAAUCCGUCGGUUGCUAAGGAGAGACCCUAUGGGAGCACUUGGCUACGCGAGUCUGAAACCUUCUCUCGCUAAAUUGGUUGACACUGCUGAUAGUCGCCCUUGUGAGAUGGGGCAAGUUGCUGCUUUGAGGAACGGAGAGGUUCUUGGACCUCAAACUGUUCUUAAAAGUGACCACUGUCCUGGCUGUCAACAUNGGUCUAGAGACUGCAAAAGAUGUUUUGGUAACAGCAAGUUCCUCAAAUAG